GUCGCCAUGUCCAGCUAUCCGUACGGGCAGGGCUGCCCAGGAGCUGCAGGGCAAGCACCCGGAGCCCCUCCGGGUAGCUACUACCCUGGGGCCCCCCAUGGCGGGGGCCAGUAUGGAAGCGGAGUACCCCCUGGCGGUGGCGGUUUCGGGGGCCCUGCCCCUGGAGGGCCUUAUGGACCACCAUCUAGUGGCGGACCCUAUGGUCACCCCAACCCUGGUGGACUUCCCUCUGGAAUGCCAGGAGGACCAUAUGGCGGUGCGGCCCCGGGGAGCCCCUAUGGUCAGCCGCCUCCAAACGCCUACAGUGCCCAGCAGCCCAGGCCUUAUGGGCAGGGCCCGCCUCCAGGUGGGGCUCCACCCAAUGUGGAUCCUGAGGCCUACUCCUGGUUCCAGUCGGUGGAUGCAGACCACAGCGGCUACAUCUCCAUCAAGGAGCUGAAGCAGGCGCUGGUCAACUCCAACUGGUCCUCGUUCAAUGAUGAGACCUGCCUCAUGAUGAUAAAUAUGUUUGACAAGACCAAGUCGGGCCGCAUCGACAUCUACGGUUUCUCAGCCCUGUGGAAGUUCAUCCAGCAGUGGAAAAGCCUCUUCCAGCAGUAUGACCGCGACCGCUCAGGCUCCAUCAGCUACUCGGAGCUGCAGCAGGCUCUGUCCCAGAUGGGCUACAAUCUGAGCCCCCAGUUCAGCCAACUCCUGGUCUCCCGCUACUGCCCGCACUCUGCCAAUCCCUCCAUGCAGCUGGACCGCUUCAUCCAGGUGUGCACCCAGCUGCAGGUGCUGACCGAAGCCUUCAGGGAGAAAGACACCGCCGUCCAGGGCAGCAUUCGGCUCAGCUUCGAGGACUUCGUCACCAUGACAGCCUCUCGGAUGCUCUGACCCCGCCCAUCUCCAGAGUGGCCCUUUCUGGGCCCCUUAGAGUGGGAGGGCCAUGUGGGCCUCCCCUUCUCCUGCCCUUCCUAGCAAAACCUUCUCCCUGGACUUCUACAGCACGCUUCCCACGAGGGCGGGGGCUCCUGCAUCAGAGCCACCAAACAGGUGGGGCCAGGCAUGGGGAAGUACUAGGCAGUGGAUGUCCUGACAGCCCCAGGCACCAGAGUCACCAGCCGUGGCCAAGGAUUUAGGGUCCAGUCAGCUGGGCCCUGCCUAUACUCUAGCACUCCCUCCUCUGUCCUGACACCAGUGGGAAGCCCUUGCCAGCAGGUGCACUCUCUCACCUGUGUGUCUUCCCUGCUGAGCCCCGUGUCUGCAAAGUGGGAUCUGACCGAGCCUGAGAGAGAGCUGCCUGCCCCCGGCAUGUUUACACUUAGCCCCCCACCCCGUGCUGCGCCCCCUCACCCCUCCACCCUGGUGCGUCCCAGGGGGGACCUUCCAGCUGCCUGGAGGGACUUGGGCCAGGCUGCCAUGCUCCCAUCUUGGAGUCCCACUUGCCUGCCAUGCUUGGCUGACAGUUGCCACCUCCCACAGCCAAGGUGUGGGGGGGUAUUUUGUUUAUCCACUUGUCAGGGUUUGUUUUGUGUUAUAUCUGGGGCCAAACGUCCAAUGAAAGUGUGAGCUUCAAUAAAAGAACGAGGAGGAGUGGUGUCUAA